AUGCUCGAUACUGUGGACAUUGAAGAGUGUAAAGACGGGGUUGAACUCGAUACAGUCGACGUCGACGCACUUGACGUUCGUACUACACUCGAAGUACUCGACAAGGCAGUCGAUAAUGACCUGACCGAGGUCGACGUACUCGAUAUUGACCUGAUCGAGGUCGAAGCACUCGAUGCUCGUGUGGCACUAGGAGAACUCGACAAGGCAGUCGACAAUGAUCUGCUCGAUGUGGAUGCACUCGAUGCUCGAACACUAGAAGUACUCGAUAAAGCAGUCGAUAAUGACCUACUUGAGGUCGAAGCACUCGAUGUUCGUGAGGCACUAGAAGUACUUGACAAGGCAGUUGAUAAUGACCUAAUCGAGGUGGACGUACUCGAUAUCCGGAUACUCGAAGUACUCGAUAAGGCAGUCGACAGUGACCUACUCGAGGUUGAAGCACUCGAUGUUCGAACACUAGAAGUACUCGACAAGGCGGUCGACAAAGACCUGCUCGAGGUUGACGCACUCGACAAGGCAGUGGACAAUGAUCUGAUCGAGGUCGAUGUACUCGAUGUUCGAACACUAGAAGUACUCGACAAGGCGGUCGAUAAAGACCUGCUCGAUGUGGACGCACUCGACAAGGCAGUCGAUAAUGACUUGCUCGAUGUGGACGCACUCGACAAGGCGGUCGACAAUGACCUGCUUGAGGUUGACGCACUCGAAAUUCGGAUACUAGAAGUACUCGACAAGGCAGUCGACAACGACCCCCUCGAGGUCGAUGCACUGGAAGAGGUCGAUGCUGGAUUUAUCGAAGUUGACGAGCGUGUCACACUUGAUAGAGAAGAUCUUGAAGAUACGCUCGAUGUGGACGCACUCGACAAAGCCGUUGAUAAUGACCUGCUCGAGGUCGACGUGCUCGAUGUUCGAACACUAGAAGCACUGGACAAGGCAGUUGAUAAUGACCUGAUCGACGUCGACGUACUCGAUAUUCGGAUACUCGAGGUACUCGACAAGGCAGUCGACAACGACCUGCUCGAGGUUGACGCACUUGACAAUGACCUGCUCGAGGUCGAUACACUGGAAGAGAUCGAUGAUGGAUUUACUGAAGCUGACGAGCGCGUCACACUCGACAGAGAAGAUCUUGAAGAUACGCUCGACGUCGACGUACUCGAUGUUUUUGACAUGCUCGACCCUGUUGAUGAUGAGUGCAAAGAUGCGCCUGGAGAUGUGCUCGUGAUCAACGUACUCGACGAUGAUCUGCUCGAGGCCAACGUACUCGACGACGGUCUGCUCGAGGUCAACAUACUCGACGAUGAUCUGCUCGAUGUUGAUGCGCCUGAAGACGUGCUCGAGGUCGAUCUGCUCGAGGUCGAAGCACUUGAACUGAUCGAGGACUUUGAGUUGGAAGGAAUUAUUGAAGAGGAAGUCGAGAAAGAACUACUGUGUGUAGUCGUACCAGAUCUACUGGCAGCUAAGGAAGUUGAGGUAGCAGUCUGCAAGGUACUCGAUGAUGAUACCCUCGAUGUUGACGUACUUGAGGCCUUCGAUGUUGAUAUACUCGAGAUCCUCGAUGUUGACGUGCUUGAGGCCUUGGAUGUUGACGUACUUGAGAUCCUGGAAGCGCUCGACAAGGUGCCUGACGUUGAUGUACUUGGGGCCUUCGAUGUUGACGUACCCGAAAUCCUCGAGGUGCUCGAUAUUAACGUACUCGAGGUAAUCGAUUUGGAUGUGCUCGAGGGGCCUGAUGUUGACGAACUUAAGAUCCUGGAAGUACUCGACAAUGGGGUGCUCGAUCUUAAGGUACUCGAGGCAGUUAAUGAGACACUCGACCUUGACGUACUCAAGAUACUCGACGAUGAGGUACUUGAUCUUGACGCACUCGAAGCACUCAACCUCGAUGUACUCGUACUCGAGGAUUUUAACAAAGAGGUGCUCGAUGAUGAGACACCCGUCGGGCUCGGCUUUGACGUACUUGAGACAUUCGACACCGAAGUGCUUGAUCUUGACGUACUUGAGACAUUCGACACCGAAGUGCUUGAUCUUGACGCACUUGAGGUGUUCGACUUUGACGAACUUGAGACAUUCGACAAUGAAGUGCUUGAUCUUGACGCACUUGAGACGUUCGACAAUGAAGUGCUUGAUCUCGACGCACUUGAAGUGCUCGAUCUGAACGUACUCGAAAAGGUAGUUGACGGGGUAUUUUGCGAGAUUGGGUCCACCUCAUGGCUAGACGUAGACACAGUGGAGGUGAAGGUGGACGUAGAUGAGGCGGCUUUAGUGGAUUGUGAAGACGUGCCACUCGACAAUCUCGGUGUUGAAAUAGUGGAGACAGUGGUGUGCGAUACUGAUGUUCCUGAAGAGGAUGUGGUAGUAUGA